CAAAGAUGGAGAAGUACGAGAAGAUAAAAGUGGUCGGGAGGGGAGCAUUCGGGCGACAACAUGUUAACCUCAGUGACAGAUGGAUAGUGCCCUCCUCCAUUCUCACUUGCUCGGAGAAGGCACCCAUCACCAGCCUUUUGGGACCAAAAUGAGGGAGCAUUUUAAGGAAUGGGCAUUUCUCAUGGCACCAUUGGCAAGCUUAUUCUUGGCAGUGGUGUAUCCAAUGAUUCCUCAGAUGGACAAGGAGAACAGCCUUAUGGAUACUGGUCUGGUGAACGAGCACACUUCCAAUUGGCUGAGACUAAGCUGAAACGCCUAGGUCCUUCUGUGCACUGUGGUAAUGAUGCCAUGACCUUGCGUGUUCCUGGCCCAAGAAUGCCCCACUUCCUGGUUGAUAGAGGAGUGGGAUCUCCAGUGCCUGUGUCUGAAAUCCCAGCCAGCUGCGGUAUCACUGUGAAGCGGGUUCGUCGGGAUGUAUCGGUUUCUGUUCCUUUCCGUGGUUGUCCUGUCCGACAACAGAGUGGAAGUUAUAUUCUGUCUCUGAUCCUAAUGGGGGCACCAGUGCAGGCGUCAUGCCCUGUGAGUUCUCCCCUUCCUACAGUUCCUGCUACCCUUCCUACAGUUUCUUGCUUGCCCACUGGAAUGGUGAUCUCGUUUGGACUCAGGGCUGAUACUGUCAAGAUCAAAGUUGAUGGAUCAUGGGAGCCUCUGCUGUUAGAGUACUCUAAAUGUGGGUUCACAUUGGAUACUGUUGAUGGUGCUCUGGUGUUAACUGCACCAUUUACUGGAAGCUGUUGGGUAAUGAAGGAUUCAGAAAGGCAUCUCCCUUUGCUAUACCUUGACCAAGAAGUGACUCUUUCCUGUCCUUUGAUGCUGCCAACAACUGCCAUGACCUUACCUUCUGCUGACCCUCAAGAACCCCAAACUUUUUAUCCUUUCCCAUGGUGGUAUAUAUCUUCCACACCUGGACCGCCAACAGCUGCUUCUGUUGACCCGCAAGUUCUUGAACAAACCUAA